CAUCAACAUUCACUCCAACACCACAAACACAACAAACAAAAAGAGGAAGAUAAAAAAAAAAUGGCGAGCAAGAAGGCAGCUACGGCUAUAAUCGUGAUGAUAAUGGCUAUGUUAGUCGAUAGGUCAGUAGCGAUUGACCUCUGUGGCAUGACCCAGGAUGAGUUGAAUGAGUGCAAACCAGCGGUGACCAAGGGGAAUCCAACAAACCCAACACAGCCUUGCUGUACCGCUCUGCAGCACGCUGAUUUCGCCUGUCUCUGUGGAUACAAGAACUCUCCAUGGCUCGGUUCUUUCGGUGUAGAUCCCGAACUCGCUUCUGGUCUCCCUAAAGAGUGUGGCAUACCCAACGCCCCAACUUGUUAAUAAAAUGAGCUUUGUGCGUGUCAGUGACUCAGUGUGCGUGUGUGUCUUUUCAUAUUCUAAUAUGAGAUGUUGUUAUUUCUUUUUUUUUAUAAAACGUACUUUCUGCCACA